AUGUUACAAAUUCACGUUUUUACGGACUCCAGUGAAGCAGCUUUCGCCUGUGCGGCUUACCUCCGGGCUGAAAUUGCCGGAACUGUCCACUGUGCGCUAGUAGCAGCAAAAUCGAAAGUUGCACCUUUGAAGCUGCUCUCUAUACCGAGGUUGGAGCUUCAAGCGGCGGUUAUCGGAGCUCGCCUAUUAAAUAUGAUUACGACUUCUCACAAUCUGCCAAUAACAAGUAAAUACAUCUGGACAGACUCCCGAACGGUGUUGGCCUGGAUCAACUCGGACCAGCGGAAAUACCGGCAGUUUGUGGCAUUCCGGAUCGGCGAGAUCUUGUCCAAAACAAACGUUGGCGAUUGGAGAUGGGUUCCCUCCAAAAUGAACGUGGCAGAUGAAGCCACUAAGUGGGGCAGUGGACCACAACUUAGCUCCGGCGGUCGAUGGUAUCGUGGACCCAGCUUUUUAUAUGAGCCGGAGAGCUGUUGGCCAACACAACCUACGAAUUCAAUGGAAACUACAGAAGAGUUACGAACUUGCGCGGUGCAUCACCACGAAUUGCCGACACAUGUUGUAUGGGAUAGGUUUUCCCGGUGGGACCGUUUACUGCGCUCGAUCGGCUAUGUACGUCGAUUCAUUCUGAACAUCGUAGAGAGGCAUAGGGCCACAGAUUUCACUACAGGACCGCUGUCCCAGUGCGAACUCGCUGCUGCUGAGGAGGUUAUACUACGUCUAAUUCAAAGAGAAUCUUAUCCGGAGGAAAUGGAGAUCCUAACUUCGGCGAGAAACUCGCAGCUGGACGAGAGGCAAACGAAGAGAUUGCUCAAGAUGGAGAAACAAAGUAAGCUUUUCCGACUAUCUCCGUUUGUAGACGAAAAAGGUGUGUUGCGCCAGGAGAGUCGCGCAGCUCAAACAUCGUUCGUACCAUACGACACCCGGUGUCCGAUUAUCCUUCCCAGAAGUCAUCGCGUCACGAAAUUAAUAAUUGCUUGGUACCAUAUGCGGUAUCUUCAUGAACACCACUCGACGGUGCUGAAUGAAAUGCAGCAGCGUUUUUAUGUGUCUAACCUGCGAUCGUUGAUCAGGAAAAGCAAACAGGACUGUAUGUUUUGCCGAGUCUACACAGCGAAGCCUACCAUACCUCGGAUGGGACCGUUGCCCGCGGCCAGAAUGGGAGCCUUUUUCCGCCCAUUCACGUUUGUGGGCUUAGAUUAUUUUGGACCAAUGACGGUGCGCGUCGGUCGGAGUCUCGUGAAAAGAUGGGUAGCCCUGUUUACCUGCCUAUCCAUUAGGGCAGUCCACUUAGAGGUUGUGCACUCCCUCACGACGGUGUCCUGUAAAAAGGCUAUACGACGUUUUGUCAUUCGUCGAGGGGCUCCGCUCGAAAUAUAUAGCGACAACGCCACGAAUUUUGUAGGAGCCAGCAAUGAUCUAAUCCAGGAGAGCAGAAGCAUCAACGGACAACUUUCUCAAACCUUCACGAACACGCAAACGAAGUGGUUAUUCAUUCCCCCCUCCGCUCCGCACAUGGGCGGAGCAUGGGAAAGGCUAGUGAGGUCAGUAAAAACUGCCGUCUACGCUAUGUCUGCAUCCGACAAACCGGAUGAAGAAACAUUUAGCACGGUGAUGGCGGAAGCUGAAGGAGUGGUAAACUCCAGGCCACUAACGUUUAUCGCUUUGGAGUCUACGAGUCAGGAAGCAUUAACUCCAAAUCACUUCCUGUUGCUCAAUUCUAACGGAGUCGUACAACCACCACGGGAUCUGCUAGAACCGAAGGCUGUCGGAAAUAACGACUGA